UGAAAUUUCUCUUUCUUUCAAGUUCCCUCAGAACUGUAACUAACACCUGUCUUUAAACGCGAAGUGCGCAAUCCUUUACCAAAUCAAAAUGGUCAGGGAAGACAGGGCAACUUGGAAGUCAAACUAUUUCCUCAAGAUCAUUCAAUACCUGGAUGAGUAUCCCAAGCUUUUCCUUGUUGGCGUAGACAAUGUCGGGUCUAAACAGAUGCAGACCAUCCGUCAGUCUCUCCGUGGCCAGGGGGAGGUGCUUAUGGGAAAGAACACCAUGAUCCGCAAAGCCAUCCGUGGUCAUCUAGAGAACAACCCAGACCUGGAGAAGCUUCUCCCCCACAUUAAAGGCAACAUUGGCUUCGUCUUCACCAAGGAGGACCUUGCAGAUGUGCGCAAAAUCAUUAUGGAAAACAAAGUGGCAGCCCCUGCCAAAGCAGGAGUCAUUGCCCCCAUUGAUGUGUUUGUCCCUGCUGGAAACACAGGUCUUGGCCCUGAGAAGACCUCAUUCUUCCAGGCCUUGGCCAUUCCCACCAAGAUUGCCAGGGGAACUAUUGAAAUCAUCAAUGACGUUCACUUGAUCAAGAAGGAUGAGAAAGUAGGAGCUUCAGAGUCCACUCUGUUGAACAUGUUGAAGAUCUCUCCUUUCUCAUAUGGUCUUCAGAUUUGCCAAGUGUACGAGUCAGGCAGCGUCUUUGACCCAAGCGUGCUUGAUAUCACCAAUGAUGACAUUCUUGCUCGCUUCCGCAUGGGAAUUGCCAAUGUUGCAUCUGUCUGUCUGGAAAUUGGUUACCCCACUGUUGUGUCUGUACCUCACUCCAUCAUCAACGGAUUCAAGAAUAUUGCUGCUGUUGCUGUCGAGACCGACAUUGAGUUCCCACAGGUGGAAAAGCUGAAGGCCUUCCUUGCUGAUCCCAGUGCAUUCGCUGUGGCUGCACCCGCUGCAGAAACUGCUGCCCCUGCUGCUGCCGAGGAGAAGAAGGCGGAGCCUGAGGAGGAGGAGGAGAGUGAUGACGACAUGGGCUUUGGCUUGUUCGACUAGCCUCUUCAUCUCAACCAUGGUUAUGCGCACUGUAGACUGUAAUAUCUCAGCAGUGAUGAAUAAAGCAAAUUGCUGUA